AUGGGUGUCAGUACAACGCUUGUGAUAGGAAACGGAUCGAACGAAAGGGACCGAGUUAUCAGGAACCAACGUAAAUCCGGCGGGAUCUUCAAGGCCCACACCCACAACAGGAAGAACCCUGCCAAGCUCAGGCCCUUGGACUUUGCCGAGAAGAACGGAUACAUCAGGGGAAUUGUCAAGGACAUCAUCCACGACACUGGUCGAGGUGCCCCCUUGGCCACCGUUGUCUUCCGAGACCCUUACCGAUACAAGAUCCGACAGGAGACUUUCAUCGCCACCGAGGGUCUCUCGACCGGUUCGUUCGUCUACUGCGGAAAGAAGGCCACCUUGAACAUCGGCAACGUCCUCCCCAUCGGACAAUGCCCCGAGGGUACCAUCGUCUGCAACAUCGAGGAGAAGACCGGGGACCGAGGUUCGCUCGCUCGAACUUCGGGUAACUACGCUACCGUCAUCGGACACUCGGUCGAGGACAAGAAGACCCGAAUCAGGUUGCCUUCCGGUUCCAAAAAGACCAUCUCGUCGUUGGCCCGUGCUACCGUCGGAAUCGUCGCUGGAGGUGGACGAGUUGACAAGCCCUUGUUGAAGGCCGGACGAGCGUUCUUCAGGGCCAAGGGCAAGAGGAACAACUGGCCCAAGACUCGAGGUGUUGCCAUGAACCCCGUUGACCACCCUCACGGAGGUGGUAACCACCAGCAUAUCGGAAAGGCCUCGACCAUCUCCCGUUACGCCAGCGCUGGUCAGAAGGCCGGUCUCAUCGCCGCCAGGAGGACUGGUUUGCUCAGGGGUACCGACCGUACCGAGAUCUAA